CAGUCUGUCGUACGGUUAAUUCGGAAUGUGUCAGUGUUUUCCGUUCAGCAUGACCUCCACAGAACUUUUAUGAAAAACCCAUUUUAUCCGACACUUUCUACAUCUAUUUGUACAUAUGAAACAUUUUGACGUAGAAGGAACUUUAUCGCAAUGUUGAAAAUUUUGUUUGGAAGCUUUGGACCAAAUUGCCAGUAUUGCGUUAGAAGAUUAGGAAAUGUUGUACAACAAGGAGAGGGUGCAAAAACAAUAACAUUAUGUAGACGGAAUUUAACUAACUCAUCUAAUGCCAAAAGUGGCAAGAAAAAUAUCUUAAUAUUGCAACAUACUAUUAGAGCGCAAGGAUGUUUGAAAAAUCUUCAUGUCGGCACUCAAAAGGUAGAACGACCACUGUUACGGGUAAUCCUCGGUCCACAGAUAGUCCUGUGUACCCAACAAGUGCGGCAUAUGGGCGGCUUUUCAAGAUUCAUGGGAAGCGUUGGUCGAUUCCUGCGUGUCAGAUAUUUAAUCUUUACUGGUGCAAUAGGUGGAGGGUUGGCAGCCAACCAGACAUAUGAGUCGUGGAAAGAACGUAUACCAGAUAUAAAGUGGUUGAAGGAUUAUCUUCCUGAAGCUGAUACUUUGGAUAAAAUGGCUGUGCCAUUCACGCAAGUGAGAGCUUUCGUCAACAGAAUGCACCUGCCUGAAAAGGUAUGUUAUUCUUGA